AUGGCCACCGGAAAAUUCUUCCAAGAAAUACAGUUACCCGAGCAAAAAUCUCAAGAGGAUGGUGUUCUUUUCCCGAUGGUGUUAUCCCCGAACGCUAUCACUGAUUCUACUUCAAUAGAACUCAGUGAUUUCGAGGAGGCGAUUAGAGCUCAUAAGCCAUGGUUGGAGUAUCUUCUUCAGAAAAGAGGCGUUAUUCUCUUUCGAGGAUUUAAUAUUUCCUCACCUUCCGACUUCAACAACGUCGUCGAAGCUUUCGGGUUCCCUGAAAUGCAUUACGCGAGUGUCGGUGGCCGAGCUUCUAGAACCAAAGUCGUUGGACGGGUUUACACCGCCAAUGAAUUCCCUCCCGAUAAGGAAAUUCCUUUCCAUCACGAGAUGGCUUACAUUUCGAGUUUCCCUAGCAAGUUAUUUUUCUUUUGUGACGAAGAACCACGAAAAGGGGGAGAGACUCCGGUAGUUUUGAGUAAUAUCAUAUACGAAAAGAUGAAAGAGAGGCACCCGGCGUUCGUUGCUAAGCUAGAGGAGCACGGAUUGACGUAUAUAAAGUUAGCGAGCGAAACAGACGAUCCAUCAUCCUUCACUGGCACUGGUUGGAAGACAACAUACAAUACUGAUGACAAGAAAGUUGCUGAAGAAAGGACAGCUAAACAGGGAACAAAGCUGGAAUGGAUUGGGGAUGUUGCAAGAAUUCUAACACGUCCAAUGCCAGCCAUAAGAUCUGAUGAGAAAAGUGGAAAGAAGACAUGGUUCAACAGUCUGAUUCUAAGUUACAGUGGGCCCGCAAGCCGAACCAAUCACAAUCGAAACUCAUCGGUCGAGCUCGGUAAUGGUGAGACGGUGCCCGAUGAUGCUAUGGAAUACUGCUUGAAAAUCUUGGAUGAAGAGUGUGUGGCGAUACCUUGGAAGAAAGGCGAUUUUAUGAUUGUGAAUAAUUUGACGGUUCUUCAUGGCCGACGACCACUACUCGAGCCUCCUCGUCGUAUACUCGUUUCACUUUGCCAGUGA